AUGGGUGUCAUAACCGUAUGGUAUAAAGCCGAGCUGUCGGAUGAAGUCUUGCGCGACAAGCGGUCGAUGGACAACCUCCUCAGGCGCAUGGCACUGAUACCAGCUACAACCCAGUGCAGGCCAGACGACAUAUCAUAUAAAAAGGUUGACCUUGAUUGGGAAAUAUCAACAGUUGCAACAAAAUUAGUGGUGGAGGGGCAAUUUCUUAAGGUAGUGACAAAGGCAGAGUCAGAUUUUUGGAAGAGGAAAGCACCUAGACUGGCUGAUACUCCAGAGAGGACCCCAUUAACACCACUGGGAAGCCCAUCAACAUCGGGGAUAAUAUUAGCUGAGGAGGAGAGGGAGACAGAAGUAGUAAGGACACGAGAGGAAGAGAUAGAAAGAGAAGCAAUCAAGAGACGAGAGGAGAUAGAGAGAGAAGCAAUCAAGAGACGAGAGGAGAUAGAGAGGGAAGCAGCAAAGAGACGAGAGGAGAUAGAGAGAGAAACAGUGCAGAGACGAGCGGAGGAGAUAGAGAGAGAAGCAGUACAGAGGCGAGCGGAAGAGAUAGAGAGAGAAGCAGUGAAGAGACGCAAGGAGGAGAUAGAGAGAGAAGCAAAGAGGCUAGCGGAGGAGAUGGAGAGAGAAGCAGUGAAGAAGCGAGCGGAGGAGAUGAAGAGAGAAGCGCAGAGGCGAGCGGAGGAGAUGGAGAGAGAAGCAGUGAAGAGGCGAGCGGAGGAGACAGGGAGAGAAGCAGUAAAUAGACGCAAGGAAGGGAUGGAGAGAGAAGAAGUGAAGAGGCGAACGAAGGAGACGGAGAGGGAAGCAGCUAAAAAAAACAUCGGAUGA